AUGAGCACUACGUCGCUGCCGCCCAAUGCCCCCAUGGCCAAUGGAACCCUCGCCGCGGUCAAUGGAGAAGCUGAUGUAUCCUCCUCUUCGCCCUCCUUCCCCGCCAACAUUCCCGCCUCCCACUCGUUACAGGAUGUCUGUGCUCUGCUCCAUGCGCAGGUGUCUUCGUUCCUUUCGGCGGUGCCUGAAGAUGAUGUGACCAGGAGAACUCAAGAGCAGGCGAGAAUAUCCAUGCGGGUUAUAGAAAAGGCGUUGGAUGAAUACGAAUUCGAGACUCUUUCUCUCUCUUAUAACGGCGGGAAAGAUUGCCUGGUUCUCCUCAUCUUAUAUCUCGCCGUCAUCCACACCCAUUUCACGCAGCCCAGAAACAGGCGGAAAGAGUUCCCCAAAUCCAUUCCCUCCAUCUACGCAAAGCCCCCCGAUCCUUUCCCCGCCGUAUCCGAGUUUGUUGAUUAUUCUGCGCGCCUCUACCACCUCGACCUAACCCAUAUAUCCACAAACCCUGGUCCGGGAAAGAAACAGAAAUCGCAUUCCAACCCUCCCGUCUCGCCCCCUCUGGAAGCAUUAGGACCAGACGGUCUCUCCCUCACGCGGAACACCAACCACAUUUCCAAGUCUCUAGACCAGCCAAUCAUCUCCUUCCGCGAUGCCUUUGCCCUUUACCUCUCUUCCAACCCGCACAUAAAAGCCAUCUUUGUCGGCACUCGUCGCACCGACCCGCACGGUUCUCACUUGACACACUUCGACCCGACUGAUCACAAUUGGCCGCCGUUCAUGCGCAUCCACCCGGUUAUUGAUUGGCAUCUUUCAGAAAUCUGGUGCUUUUUGCGCUCGCCCUACCUCAAAGACGUGGGCCCGUGUUUGGACGGUGAUGGCACGAGCGCCCGUCACGAAUCAAGGUGUGAGGCGCCAUUGAGAUACUGUGAAAUGUACGACGCGGGCUACACGAGUCUUGGGGGCGUGAAUGACACAGUGAGGAAUCCGAAGUUGCGGUACAUUGAUGAACAGGGCAGGGAAUGUUACAAGCCCGCGUACGAAAUGACAGCGGAUGCCGGGGAGAGGUUGGGAAGGGAGUGA